AGCCCUAAACUUCCGUCUUAGGUAACGAUGACUUUGACUUAGUCAUUCUCGGAUCGCCAUUAAUUCAUUCCCUAUUAAACCAACCCCAUCCUCCCUUCUUCCUUCUUCCUUCUGCGCUCCGCAAUUCAAGCAGGAAAGCUGAUGAGAAGAGCAUUCGGUCCAGUCCUUGCAACAUCCCGCACUGUUACUCGGAAUAUACACACACACAGACUUCCGCCGCUUCUUAUCAGUGAUAAACCUUACGCUUCGUUAUCGCAUCAUCAUCAAUUCAGCACGUCUGCGAGAACAAUGACUGAGAAAGUGGAUGAUAUCACGAAAUGGGCGAGCCAGGACGGCGAGUUUAGAAGAAAGCCGUCUGUCUUUCGUAAUUGCGUCUCGAAAGACCCGGAUGCGCAGUACCCGGCUGAGAAGGGUCGUUACCAUCUCUAUAUCUCCUGGGCUUGUCCUUGGGCGCAUCGUACCGCGCUUGUUCGCAAGUUGAAGGGAUUGGAGGAUAUCAUUAGUAUCAGCGUCGUCGACUGGUACCUCGGCAAACUUGGCUGGAAAUUCUCACCCCCCGAAGAAACCCCCGGCGCGACGAUCGACCACCUGCACAACUACUCGCACCUCCGCGAGCUCUACUUCAGCGUCAACCCGGAGUACGAGGGCCGGUUCACGGUGCCGGUGUUGUGGGAUAAGAAGACGAGCUCGAUUGUGAACAAUGAGUCGUCGGAGAUUAUCCGGAUGUUUAAUGUCGAGUUUGAUGAUAUUAUCGAGGAGAAGUAUAAGGGGGUUACUUUCUAUCCUGAUGAUUUGAAGGAGAAGAUCGAUGAGUUGAAUGAAUGGGUUUACGACACGGUGAACAACGGCGUCUACAAAUCCGGCUUCGCAAGCAAGCAAGAAGUCUACGAAUCCCACGUCGUCAAAGUAUUCAAGUCCCUCGACCGCCUCGAGUCCAUCCUCGGCAGCUCGUCCGGCCCCUACCUCUUUGGCGACCGCCUGACCGAGGCCGAUAUCAGACUGUACCCGACUAUCGUGCGGUUUGAUCCGGUGUAUGUGCAGCACUUCAAGUGUAACCUGGGCACGAUCCGACAUAACUACCCGAAUAUCCACAAGUGGCUUAAGCAUUUGUACUGGGAUAUUCCGGCGUUCAAGGAGACGACUAAUUUUGAGCACAUCAAGAAGCAUUACACUAAGGUAUGUAUUCAUGUAGACUGCAGUGUGUUGAAUUUGUUACUAACUCAAGACUGUCAACAGAGCCAUACUCAGAUCAACCCCUACUCCAUCACGCCUCUUGGACCGAUCCCGGACAUUGAGCCCAAAUGAUCUGCUCAAUUUCUUACUACAAACUGACAUUCGUAGCAAAAGUCAGUCAGUAAUACGAGUGAAUAUCAAUAAAUCUGAUUCAAACCGAAAUAAAAACUCGCGCGCUGAUGAGA